AAAAUUAACUUACCAAAUUUGGUAAAAUGUUGUGACACACCCUUUAAAAGUUCAAUGCUUAUCUUUCUCUUUUAUGUACUUCAUGCUAAUUUGCACUCCUGUAUCAGUUCAAAACAUGGACCUACUCUUCUUCUUCUUCUUCUCCUCCAUUUCUUUUCCGAAACUCAUCAUCGGCAACAAUGUUGAGUCACAGGCUCCCUUAAUUAACAAAUUCAUCACCGUCGAUCAAAAAGGCGGCGGUAACUUCAAGACUAUCAGCGCGGCGAUCUCCGCCGUCCCUCAAAACAACAAUCAGUGGAUCAAAAUUCUUGUCAAAUCCGGAGUAUACAGGGAGAAGGUGUUUAUAACUAAGGACAAAAGGUUUAUAAUGCUAGAAGGAGAAGGGGCUAAUAACACAUCAGUGGAAUGGGGAGAUCAUUUAACUAAAAGCCCACUUGAUUUCCCCAUGAAAAAAACUGAUGCAGAGACUGCCACCUUAAGGGUUUUUGGGACUAAUAUUGUUGUCAAGUAUAUAGCCAUCAAGAACACUUAUAAUGGAGGAGCUAAGAAUAGAGUACAAGCAUUGGCUGCAAUGGUAUCAGGAGAUAAGAUUGCCUUCUACCAUUGUCUCUUCUAUGGAAUUCAAGACACUCUUUGUGACUUUCAAGGUCGCCAUUACUAUAAAGCUUGCUACAUCCUAGGUGCUGUUGAUUUCAUCUGGGGCAAUGCUCAAACUAUUUAUCAGGGAUGUGUGAUUGAGAGCGUUGGGGAGUAUGUGACUGAAGGGUAUAUAACAGCUCAUGGGAGAGAUAAUGAAACACAAACAACUGGUUUUGUGUUUGAGAACUGCACCAUCACUGGAACACUAAAGACAUACCUAGGAAGACCUUGGCGUCCAUUUGCAAGGGUUCUUUUUUAUGGAUGUUUUAUGGAAAAUAUCAUUGAUCCUUUAGGUUGGGAUAGUUUUUAUCAUGGUGAUAAUGAGAGAAAUACAUAUUAUGCAGAAAUAGAUUGUCAUGGACCGGGAGCAGACAAAUCGAAAAGAGUACCAUGGGAGAAGAAUCCCACCGAAGCUCAGGCGAAGCAGUUCACUGAUAUUACCUUCAUCGAUAAUGAUGGAUGGAUUGGCAAGCAACCGUUUUAUUGAUCAAGUUAAUUAAUUAUAACCUUGUUAUUCUUACCAAUUUCCCAUAUUAUGAUUUAUGAAACAUGUAGAAAUGUAUUAACACUUUGAUCUAUAUAUAU